UACUUGGUUGGAUUCUUUCCUUGUUCCUUUCUUUUUCUGGAAUUUGUUCUAUGCCCACUUUCAAUAGUAAAACUCAGCAUGGCAUCUAGAAGAAUUUUGAAGGAGCUCAAGGAGCUGGAAAGAGAUCCACCUAGUUCUUGCAGUGCAGGUCCAAUAGCAGAAGAUAUGUUCCAUUGGCAAGCAACAAUUUAUGGUCCAAAUGAUAGUCCUUAUUCAGGAGGUGUUUUCCUUGUCAACAUCCAUUUUCCACCUGAUUACCCCUUUAAGCCUCCUAAGGUGGCCUUCAAGACCAAGGUUUUCCACCCAAACAUUAAUAGCAAUGGGAGUAUUUGCCUUGAUAUACUCAAGGAGCAAUGGAGCCCUGCACUCACCAUAUCCAAGGUUCUGCUGUCAAUCUGUUCCCUUCUGACAGAUGCAAAUCCAGAUGAUCCAUUGGUUCCAGAGUCUGCUCACUUGUACAAGACUGAUCGAAAUGCAUACGAAUCCAUGGCUCGUAACUGGACUCACAAGUAUGCUAUGGUCUGAGCCUUGACAUUAUUCUCACUAUCUCAAGGUUUAUAAUUAAAGUAUUAUCGUCUUUUCUAUUUGCUUAUAUUGAAAGCUAAUUAUAUAUAUGUAUGUAACUCAUUUGGGGUACAUAAUUAUUGGAGGCAACAAAAACACCAUUUAGCCAAAAGUUCAUCAAUAAAAUUGUUUAUUAUUUGUCA